AUGCGCGUUUCUAGCAUUCUUCCUUUCAUGCUGGCCGCGGCCCCGGCCGUCACAGCCAGAGGUACCCUCGGAUUCUCCCUCGGCGACAAGCUGCCCAGCGGUGAUUGCAAGACCACCGAUGAUUACGAAAAGGACUUUGAGGCCCUGAAGGACCUGACCACCCUGGUCCGCACCUACUCUGGCAGCGAGUGCGACACCCCCAAAGAGAUCCUCCCUGCUGCCAAGUCCAAGGGCUUCAAGGUUGUUCUGGGUAUCUGGGUCGGCGCCCAGAAGAAGACCGACACCAGCACCAGCGAUCCAUCCUUCGUCAAGGACUUCGCUGCCCUGAAGAAAUACAUCCCCGGCUACGAGAGCCAGGUCGAGGCCAUCACCGUCGGAUCCGAGACCCUGUACCGCGGUGAUUUGACCGGUCCCCAGCUCCACAAAUACAUCAGCACCGUCGGCAAGGCCUUCCCCAGCAUCACUGUUGGUACUGCCGACUCCUGGAACAAGUUCGCCGAUGGUACCGCCGACGAUCUGUUCACCACCAACACCGAUGACAACCCCAUGGUCACCUAUGUUCUCGCCAAUGCCUUUGCCUACUGGCAGGGUACCGCCGCCGACAAGGCGUACCAGACUUACUUUGAUGAUAUGAGCGGUGCCAUGAAGCAUAUCCAGAAGGUUGCCGGAGACGAUGCUGACAAGAUUCGCGUUAUUACUGGCGAGACUGGCUGGCCUACUGAUGGUGGUUCCGACUACGAAGCCGCCAAGGCCGGCACCGAUAAUGCGAAGACCUUCUGGAAGCACGGUAUCUGCGGCAUGCUGGCGUGGAACGUGGAUCUCUUCUACUUCGAGGCCUUUGACGAGUCCUGGAAGCCUGACAGCAUUGGUGACAACGAUCUAGACCCCUCCGUCUCUUCCGCCUCUUCGGCAUCUUCCCCGUCGUUCCAUCACAAGGACGCGCGCAUCCCGCCUGACGAUUCACGCCAGGCCCCGGAGUUGCUCUUGUCCUCUCCCUCCUCAGGAGACUCGAGCAGCCCAUCGGACACUGGCUCUCCCUCCCAACAAUUCUCUCCGAGUAUCACUCUCGAUCCCCCGCCCUUGCCGUUCUUCUCGACAAACCGUCGGCCCGUCGAAUCUCUGACUGCCUCUCCCGAGAACACUAGAGCAGAGAGCAGUGUCUACUAUACCACGGCCUGGGGAUCCCCGUAUGCUGCACCGAGUACCCGUCGCCUCUCUCUGACUCUAAGCCAAUUUGCCGGCAUCGACCACGGAUCCGAGGCCAGCUCGCCCGCCCCUUCGGUCGCAAUCCCAGAGCUUCGUCGAGCAAGCGUCGCAGUCAAUUCAGCCGAUCUCGACGAUCCAGCGGAAGAAGAAGAAGGAGGUAAAUCAAUCCGGGAUUUUACCCAGGAUUGGAUUAAUCAGUAUCUCUCCGGUCAACCGAGAACCGAGCGCAGCAACUGGUUGAGCGACGACUCGGGAAGCGAGGCGCCCUCGUUCAUUACCGCGCAGAAUCACCUUGCAGACGACCUUUCAGACGACUGGCUUGGUCUGGAGGAUAAUAUCCGUGACAACGACCUCCUGAAAACACCGACCUUAUCCGAUUUCGUCGGUCGAAGAGCUGCUGCUCGUGCCAACGGAAAGAAAACCGUGCACAAGCGCACCGAUACUUUGCGCCAGGAAGACUUUUGGGGAUUUGCAUACGAUAAGGAACCGUCUAAAAACAUCAUGUCGGAUACCAAGGAAUCUCACCCUCCCGGCGAGGUGAUAUUUGAUGCCGAAUCACCGUCAGAGAAGCCACUGCCGCCUCCCCCGUCAAGUACCGUGGAGGAGGAUACAAAGACUGGAGUUUUGGAGGAGUUAAAACCCGAAGCCGUGAAUCGAUCAGCGGCUCAGACUCCUAGGAGAAGGAAGAAGCUUAAUUGGCGCGGGAAAGCAUGCAUUAUUGAGCUGCCUACGGACGAUAGACGUGGUACAGAACAAUCCGGUAUCCACCUUUUGACCCCUGCCGAUGUCGAAGCUCGGAUGAAGAAGUGGGAGGAGGAUGGAUACGAUACCCGCGGUUUCACCAUUGGCGAUGCGGUCGAUGAAUCCCAACCCGCUGUGCUUGGUGGCCUCAGCCGUGCCUUGUACCCGGACCCAGCUGAGUUGUGGGAGGAAACUAGGGGCCAGAAGGCUCAUAUCCAAUUCCCAGACAAGGCCGUGUGGGAUGACUACGUGAAUGAGCUUCAAGAGGCGAAGUUACGAGCUCUAGGUGUCGACUUCGGUCAGCCUGAGCCCCAACCCUCUGUUUCGCCAUCAAUCAAUGCUUCUCAAACGCCAUUCCCCGGCCUCGCAUCGCCACCUAUUCCAACCGCUUCGGCAGGAAGCAACCAUCUCGGUUCCAUUCAUCCUUUCUCUCCAAACUUUGGUCAGUCUGCGACUACGAGUGCUGGCAUUGGCUCUCUGGCAUCGCCGGCUUCACAAUUCAGUGUCCAGACUCCAUUCCUGGGCAUGGACCAGAAUAUGAUGCCUGGUUUCCCCUUCCAAUUCCAGCCUACGCCUCCUGCACAGGGUACCAUGACACCUCAAAGCUUGAUCAAUCUCCGCCAAGCAAGCGGAUCUGGUGCCCCUGGAGGGCUCCACAGCUUCAACUCGAUGAUGUCCCCCGUGUCUCCGUUUAACGACCAGGGUGGCUUCCAUGGUGGUGGAUUUGAUGGGAAGAAUGAGUUUGAUGCACAAUUUGCGCACAUGGGUCAGGAACAGGGUCUCCCAUACCAGACUCCACAAACCCCUGUGAACGCCCCUGAUCACUUCCACGCAUCAAAUGUUGAGAUCGCACACCCCACCCCGCGUGGUCAUGGCCAUAACCUGAGCGAAACUCUACAGAGAGGACUGGAGCAGAUGAACCACAAUAAUUAUCACAUGGAUCCAUCUGCUGACCAUCGAUUAGAAGAGGAUGACCGCGAUGCUGCUCAUCAUGCCCUAAAUGCCAACAUGCUUCAGUCUCACUGGGGUAUGCCAGAACAUGAGCAACAUCAGAUGCACGACCAAUCCGGCCAUCCCUCGCACCCGUUCUCCCAACAGCCACACCAGUUCUACCAUGAGCAAUUCGGCCAGGCCUUGCUGGAACCCCCCCAUACCCGCGGAGUUCAGCCCGAUCACGGCCCGUGGCAUGAUUCCAAGCCAAGCCACGAGUCGUUUGGCCACCAAUCCAAGCUUUCGAUUUCGUCUCUAAAUGUGGAGGCCAAGGAAUUCGAUCCAACUGCAUCCUUCGGAUCUCAACCCGCGCCAUUUGCCAACAGCGCUUUCCAGUUUGGUGCAUCUUUCAACGUUGAAGCGCCUGUUUUCAACCCCGGUGCCAGUAUCACCUCCAACGCUAGCUCUGAGCUGCCAGCUGCCAAUCGGACAAAGAUCUUCGGCGACAUCGACCUCAAUGAGAUCUCUAAACCCUCAAAGGAGUCCAAGGCGAUUCCAAUUGUCCGACCGGAUGAAUCUGAAGCUGCGAAUGCCGACGGUGAAGUCCAAGCCGCUGAUGACGAUGGCGAUCGACCGGUUCCUACCGAUCGUCAUAAGCGUGCUCGUCGCGGAAUCGGCCAUGCUGAAGGUGAAGCCCGCUAUAGCAUUUCUACUCACCCCUUGGGCGAGACUGGUAAUGCUCAGGCAUCGACUACGCUUCAUGCGGUUGCCGAGGGCAAGGAGAACGCUUCGCCAGAUGAGAAGGCCAUUGAACGCAGGGGCACGCCCAACAGCGAGGCCGAGACAUGGACUUUGUUCGAUUACAAGACCGAAGGUGCCGCUGCCAGAUCUCACACUGCAUCUCCUAUCCAGGCUGAACACACCGAGGAGACCGAGGAGAAUGUCAAGCAGCCCCAGCGCAAACGCUCUGCAGACGGUCUUCAGGUUGACUACAAGGCUUCCGCGCAUGGUCCUUCCGAUUCUAAGAGCUCCGUGAAGAGCACCACGCUGUCGGCAACAGCCAAGCCUUUCGAGUUCAAGCCGGCUGUUCCCAGUUUCCUCCCUACUACUGUCGAGCCGUCCAGCUUUGCAGAGCCCGAACCCCAACCCGAGCAGCCCCACUCUGUUGAGAAGAAGAAGCCAACUGGUGGUCUUAUGGCGUCGCGUUUCGCUACUGCCAGUCCACCAAAGGCUCAGCAACCAACCCCUGAGCCAGAGAAGACACCUGCCCGUCAAAUUCACAAGGGAUUCCACUCCGAUUCUGGCGAUGAAUCUCUCGACGAUGAUGAGCUGAACGCUGUCAUGGAUCAACUCAAUGACGACUCUGACGUCGGUAUCAUGCGACAGACUACCCCCAUGCCACGCCAGCUGAUUUCGGACUCCGCUCCCACAAAGGAACGCCAGUUCGGUCCUGCAGAGGGCCGAACCGAAGCUCCCAGCCCCAGCCCUGGUGGUGGCCCGAAGACGCACAAGCUCGAUAUUCCCAAUAUUGGCUCGGAUGGCGACGCUCAGAGCAACUUUACCUUCUCUCCCCGAAGAGCAUUUGAUUGGGAUGACAUGAUUUCCUCCGGUGAGGAUGAGAAGUUCUUCAACCGGAACCGCUUCUUCGAUCGCCGCAUUAACGACAUUGUUGGUUCCGCUAUCGAUGAUCGUCUUAGCCCCAUGGAGCGUGCUCUGGCUGUCAUUCAAACUUCUGUGGCUACCAUCGCCUCUGGAUCUGCUAGCAGGAGAGCAAUUCGCAGUGUCUCCGGAGAUGUGGAGGACAGCGAUGCCGACGAUGAAGACGAUGGCGAGGAGCGCGAAGUUACUGUCCGUGACCGUUCGCCUCACCACAUGCGUGAUCGUAAGCUGGAGAUGCUGAAGAGUGUUGUCACAGAGGCUCUGCUCACUCAUGAACUCCCCCACCGCAACAUCCAGCACUCCAGCCACAGUGAAAUGGCGCUGUUGAAGGAGAGCAUUGCCGAGCUGCAAGCUUUGACUAUCAAGAAGCUCGCCCAAGAUCCGGUCGGCGAUAUGCGUGAGAUCCUCGAGGAAACUCUUGCCAGACAGCUCGCCCAACAGACCCCUCGUCUGUCCGAGGCCGAGGAAAUUGGCGCCGACAGCUUGAUGAUGCAAAUUGAUGGGCUGAAGAGCAUGCUGCGUCACGCCGAUGACCGCGCCGAGGCUGAGUACAAGGCUCGUCGCGAGGCAUCGGACUCUGUACUUGAGCUCCAGCGUCUUCUCAAAAUUGCUGAAGAGGAUGCUGCUCAGCACAGCGCUGCCGCCGAGGAUGCCGAGACCCGGUUCCUGCAAUUCAAGGAGGAGAAGAUCCCUCACUUGGAGAAGAUGCAGUUCCGUACCGAGUCUCUCAGUGAAGAGAGCGAGACUCUCAAGGUCACGAUUGCCGAGCUUUCUUCUAAGAAUAUUGCCCUCGAAGGAACUCUGGACGAGUACCGUGUUUCCAGUGAUCACUUCCGUCGUCAGCUUGAGACUACCAAGGAUGAAAAUAAGUCUCUCCAUGAGACUGUUGAUCACUUGAGGACUCGUAUUGAGGAUAGCAUGGUUGCUCGCCAGAACAUCACUGAGAAGUUUGAUCGUCUCCAACAUGAUAUGGUGACCGUCACAUCCGAUGUUACUACUGAGCAGGCCAACUUCCGCAGAAAGGAGGAAGAGCAACUUGCUAAGUACAAUGAGCUUCGUGCAUCGCACGCUCGGGAAGUUAAGCUGCGUGAACAGCUUGAGCAGGAGGUUGUCGAGCUUUCCAAGCAAGAGAGGGAAGCUGCGAAAAUCAAGUUCAUCCACGAGCAAUCGCAACAAGAGAACGUCAAGCUUGAGGAGACUGUCGCAGGCCUGCGCGCCGAAAACCACGACUUGCAGAUUAAGGCUGCUCGCUUCGAGCGCGAGUUCAACGAAGCUCGUGAAAGCAGCCGUGUUGAGAUCCAGCGCACACGCACCGCAAUGGAGGCUGAUAUCGAAGCUUCCAAUAGCCAGGUUAACAUUGUCCGAGCUGAACUUGAGGCUCAGGUCAUUCGUCUUCAGACCCAGCUCGAUGGUGUUCGCAUGGAUGCUGAUACCUCCCGUGAGCGCUACGAGAUGCUCUUGGAAGAAGCCAACGAAGUCAGGGUGACCUCUCUAGCUGCUGCCAAGGAGUCCCGGGAACUUGCACUUGACGACCAGCGCAAGACUCACGAGCGUGUCCUCAACGAUCUCCGCGAACGCCACGCCCGUGCUCUGCACAACUCCUCUGAAGAUCGUGCCCGCGGCGAAGCCCAUAAUACAGACCGCCUCGCUCUUUCAAACGACAAAGUCACGCAUCUCCAAGAGCGCGUCCAACAUCUCGAAGAGAAGCUCGAAAUCGCCCAGUCCGCUGCUCGCCAUGCUGCUGCCGCCGCUAAGGGCAAAGCACCGGCCCCCGGCCCAGCCCCCGGCCCAGCCCCAGCCCCAGCACCAAGACACGCACACUCACCCUCAAUGUCCUUCAACCAGGGAUCCAACGAGCCAGAGCGCAUCUCCCCCCAGGCCCUCCGUGAAUCCAUCUUCGUCCUGCAAGACCAGCUCCAACAACGCGAGACCCGCAUCGAAGAACUCGAGCAAGAAGCCGCAUCCGUAGACAAAGACGCACCCAACAAGAUCAAUGAGAAGGACACUGAAAUCAACUGGCUCCGCGAACUCCUCGGCGUCCGCAUCGACGACCUCACAGACAUAAUCAAAACAGUCUCCCAGCCAAACUUCAACCAACACGCCGUCCGCGACGCCGCAAUCCGCCUAAAGGCCAACCUACAGAUGCAACAACAAGAGCGCGAACGUGCACUUACAGGAGGCCACUCCUCGCCCCUUUCCCUACCAUCUAUCUCCGACAUUGCCGCCUCGCCCCGCGCUGCCCUCCCCCUCGCCGCAGCCGCGGCUUGGGGUAACUGGCGCAAAUCCCGUGACGCGGCGAAUGGGAAUGGCUCUGCCGAGAACACUCCGUCCAAAUCUAGUAAUGCGGGCAGCUUUCUCUCCGGACUCUUGACUCCGCCCAGUUCGCAUGCGCGCUCUAAUGUUCCGCGUGGUUCUGUUGCUGCUGGGAGACCGGGACCGGGACCGGGUCGGUCUACUCCCACCACUUUCGAGACUCGGCCGCUGAGAGGACUCAAUUCUUCUACUCCGCGCCGUGGCUCGACUCGUCAGGAGGUUCAGGCUCCUAUCGUUGAACCGCCCAAGACACCCCCUUUGCUCCGUCGCUCGAGUUAUGACCAUGAUGCUGAGCCGGGGAAUUACGAGGAGGGUAGCUUUGCGGAUGAUGUUGAGAGUACUGUUGAUGGGGUUGUUUCUGAUUCACCCAAGGAUGGACCGUUCGGUCCACGGAUUACAUCUGAUGCGGAUGCGUUGGCUGAAAUUGGGGGGGCUUGGUGA